AUGGCUAUCCCUAAAACCCAAAAAGCUGUGGUUUUCGAGACCAACGGCGGUCCAUUGGAGUACAAGACCAUCCCAGUUCCUACUCCUAAGGACAAUGAGCUCUUGAUCAACAUCAAGUACUCCGGUGUUUGCCACACCGACUUGCACGCCUGGAAGGGUGACUGGCCAUUGGCCACCAAGCUUCCAUUGGUUGGAGGUCACGAAGGUGCCGGUGAGGUUGUUGCUAUCGGUGCCAACGUUAAGGGCUGGAAAGUCGGUGACUACGCCGGUGUCAAGUGGUUGAACGGCUCGUGCAUGCAGUGUGAGUUCUGUCAACACGGUGAUGAGCCAAACUGUGCCGAGGCUGACUUGUCCGGUUACACCCACGACGGUUCUUUCCAGGAGUACGCUACUGCUGAUGCUGUUCAGGCCGCUAAGAUUCCAGCUGGCACUGACUUGGCUCUUAUUGCUCCAAUCUUGUGUGCUGGUAUCACAGUCUACAAGGCAUUGAAGACCGCUAACUUGAAGGCCGGUCAAUGGGUCUGUAUCUCUGGUGCUGGUGGAGGAUUGGGUUCUUUGGCUGUCCAGUACGCCAAGGCCAUGGGCUUCAGAGUUGUUGGUAUUGAUGGUGGUGAUGAGAAGGGUGAUUUUGUCAAGUCUUUGGGUGCUGAGGCCUUCGUCGACUUCACCAAGACUAAGGACAUCGUUGCCGCUGUCAAGGAGGCCACCAACGGUGGUCCACAUGGUGCCAUCAACGUGUCUGUCUCCGAGGCUGCUAUUUCCCAAUCUGUUGACUACGUGAGAUCCACUGGUACCGUUGUUUUGGUUGGUUUGCCAGCUGGUGCCAAGGUUGUCGCUCCAGUGUUCGACGCUGUCGUCAAGUCCAUUUCCAUUUGCGGUUCUUACGUUGGUAACAGAGCCGACUCUGCUGAGGCCAUUGACUUCUUCACCAGAGGCUUGAUCAAGUGCCCAAUCAAGAUUGUUGGCUUGUCUGAGUUGCCAGAUGUCUACAAGUUGAUGGAAGAGGGUAAGAUCUUGGGUAGAUACGUUGUUGACACCACUAAGUAA